AUGAAAUACAGUGAAUAUCAUGUACCUAUUUUAUAUGGUCCACAAAUUCCUCGACGAGAUCGUGACGAUACUCGAAAACGAUAUAGUCGAGCUCUGCUAACACUUUUUGUACCUUGGCGUACUGUUACCGAUCUUUGUGACGUCAAUCAAACAUGGGAAGAAGCUUUUAAACUUCGACAAAAUCGUACUUCUAUCCAUUCAUGGAAGAUCAUAGAAAAUAUUCAACUUUUACAUGAAUGUAAAAAAGAUCGCAAUAAACAUUUACUUCAAGUUAUUGCUGAAGCUCAAACUAAUAAUGACGCAAUCGAUAGUUUUCUUUUGCCUGCAAAUCAAGAUAUUGAUGGCGAACAUGAUGCGGACGACACUGAAGACUUAUUAGAAUUACUAAACCCCCCCCCAGAAUAA